AGUAAAUGUUAGAAAAAAAAAAAGAGUUGGAGAAAAGAAAGGACGAAGAUUGUGAGCGAGUGUGUAUUGUGAUCUUAUCCCACUUCUGUACACCGUUGGCUUUCUGGUGAUCAAGUUGAAAAAAAUGGCGGUGCGCCAUCUUCCAUGGCCUGUUAAUGUCGGAACACCCACUAAACUUGCUGUUCAAAUGACCACUACAAUGCCCAAUUUAAAACUUACCCGUUUUAAGAAUUGGGUCACUGAAUUUGGGUCCAAGUCUAUGAAAUUGGCUCUCUCAAGCUCUCUCCUUCUCGCCCUUUCUUUUAAUGUUGAGCAUGCUGAAGCGAAAAUGGGCGUUAACAAGCCUGAACUGCUUCCUAAGGAGUAUACUGCUGUUAUUGAUGUUGCCGGCUUCCUCUCCGCUGGACAGGAAAAAAGACUUGCAGAUGAGAUUGCUGACCUUGAGAAAGAUACAGGAUUCAAGUUAAGGAUCUUAGCACAGAAUUACCCUGAUACACCUGGAUUGGCAAUCAAAGAUUUCUGGAAUGUGGAUGAUCGAACGAUCGUAUUUGUUGCUGAUCCUACAUUUGGGAAUAUAUUGAACUUUAAUGUGGGAGAACAAGUUGAUCUUGAUAUUCCGCGUAGUUUUUGGAGUCGUUUGGCUGGGAAAUAUGGAAAUAUAUUUUACUGGAAAGAAAAGGGAGAAGAUGCAUCUAUUGAAGCAGCUGUUAAUGCCAUAGCAUAUUGCUUAAGGGAACCUGUUGGUCCAAGUAAUUGCUCAGAGAUUAGAUAAAACAAUAUAUUUUUUUUAGUGAUGUAAGAAGCAACGGCAAUUUAUUAUUUCUAUUACAAUUUAUUGGAAUUUAUUAAUGUUCAUAAUUUGCACCA